AGAAGAAGAAGAAGAAGACCCGUGUGCAGAGUGUUCAUCAUGGCUGUGCUGUUCAGCGAUGAGGAGUUUCAGCUGGCGUGGAUCGAGCUGGACGAGCCGCAGCUGGACGGAGGAUGGGAGUUCUUCACCGAGACGAUGGACAUCAAAAUAUACCGACUGUAUCAUAAGGAAACGGGUCUGUACGAGUACAAAGUGUUCGGUUCUCUGCCCAGCUGCGCUCCAGAACUCUGUGCAGAUGUCUACAUGGAUCUGAACUACAGGAAACAGUGGGACUCGUAUGUCAAAGAAUUACAUGAGAAAGACUAUGGCGGACAGAAAGCUAUAUACUGGGAGGUGAAAUAUCCAUUACCGCUGUCCAACAGGGAUUAUGUGUACGUGCGGGAGCGGCGAGACCUGGACAUGAGCGGACGGAAGAUCUGGGUGGUUUUGGCCAAGAGCUCGCCUGUGUCUCAGUGUCCUGAGAAGAGAAGUGUGAUCCGGGUCAAAGAUUACAAACAGAGUCUGGCAAUGGAGAGCGACGGAUCCGGCGGUACUAAAGUGUUCAUGAAUUACUUUGAUAAUCCCGGCGGCAUGAUACCAACAUGGUUGGUUAACUGGGCAGCUAAGACUGGCGUUCCUGCCUUUCUCACUGACCUGAAGAAGGCUUGCAGUAACUACACAAACAACAAGUGAUGCAUGACAAAAUUCACAUUUUACCUGCUUGUGGAAAACUCCUCCUCAUUUGUUCUGUUUAAGUGUCAGAAGGGCAUUCUGGGUGUGUGGUUAAGGGGAUUAUUGGGGAUACUUACUGCUGUUUUUAUGGUGAUCGGAGAAAACAGCUGGAUUACUUCAUUAGUGUCUAGCCUUAACAAUAUAGACACUCUUAUCUUGAGUUAAAUCAUUGGAAAGAAUCCAGGUUUCUCAUAAAAUUUUAGCAGAUGAUUAUUGCUUAUUUGAGUGUGGAAAAAUCCUUAAAGUCAUUUUUUAUAAACAAACCUUUUUUUCCCCGCUCUGAAUACACAGCUACUUUUGAAUGGACAUCAAUGGAGAAAUUUGCUUUUUGACCAUAUAAUGAUGUUGUUACAACAUCUACCAGCAGGGGCCGCAAACUUUUUUAAAUGUUUAAAAUUUCUUGGUGGACCUUUAAUUGAAAUUCAUCAUAGCACUUUUGUCAAAAAUAAAAAAAAAUAGUGAGUGUUGCAUGGUCAUUGUACAAAAACUUAGUUUACCUCUGUCAUGUCUGAUGCACUUCCUGAAAUCCCAGGGCUAAUUUAGCAUUUUUGUGGCACCUGCACAACUGAAUACAAUCAUGCACUUAAAUUUUACAAAAAAAUAAAUAAAAUAAAAAAUGUGCCUGUUAUAUGCCUAUUACUGUAUAUCUAAUCAAAUGUGAGUUUGUCGCCCGGUUUACCUUUUGAUUCUAGACUUGAACUCAGCACUGAUCUUUUUUUUAUGGUUGAUGUAAUUUUAAUGUCUAAAUGUAUUAUUAUUAUUAUUAUUAUUAUUAUUAUUAAUCAGGAUUUAUGUAGUGGGAAUUUGAAUUACAUUUGCAUUUGUUUCUGAGCAGAUACUGUCUAACAGAAGUGACUUAUCAGGAAAAGGCACAAAUGAAAUUAAUUGCAAUUACCAGAAUACAGAGCUGCACAUAUAUUGAUGAGGAUUUGCACUGAAAAUAUUAUGAUUAUAUAUUAACGUCUAAAACAUAAAUGAUUAUGUGCUGUUUACAAAUUAAUGCUGAUCACACAGUAAGAUAUUAUAUGAUCUAUUAAUUGUUAUUCUUAUCGUAACAAUAAGAAAAAAAAAUCUGAUUUCUACUAUUCAGAACCCAGUUGCAAGAGAGGCCUUAAGGUUUGAAUUAAAGUUUAAAUUGCAUGUUAUAUUUAUAUUUUAGUUGUAUAAUUGUCAAGGGUUUUAAUUAAGGGGCUUCUUGCAACCAACUGUGUACUAACACUCCACAAUUGUGCUAAACAUUUAUGUAUAAUGUAAAGGUGAAUAUUUAAACAUCUACCUCUGAAACUCACAGUCCUGCAUUUUUUGCCUCGAGCUGUCUGUUAUUGGUUGGUGAACAUUUAUUGCAAUAAAAUGAUAUUCUGCCUUUGAA